AUGGAUUGGGAAAGCGGAAAUGACGAGAUACGUAAAAAGAACAGCAAAUUUGAAAGCUUUCUUAAGAGGUCGCUUCCCUCGGGAUUGUUCGAGCGGGUCCGAGCUUUUGAAUCCUGUAUUGUUGUUUCGGAAAAUGAGAACAAGACGUUUAAGUUUAUUGUUCUAACUGAUGAAGUAGUUUAUCUUACGGAGAAUCCGCCUAAAGCGUUGCAGGAGGUGUUGUAUCUGAGAGAUGUUGUCUCUGUGGAUUUG